UCCACGUCACCACAUACCACCGUAAUUUCCGGUACCACCUACAAGUGUCAUAUUCCCAAACGCCACGUAAUAAAAAACUACAUUAUUCCUAUUUUUAUAAUUCCCAUAAUUUCUUAAUUUACCAUUUUAACCCUACAGAAUUUUCUUUUUCAAAAGACCGUCUCUUUUCCUUCGCGGGAGACAGGAGAGUGAGAAAAAAAAAAUAUACGGCUUUGUAAAUGAGAAGAUCUUAGCCGUUGAUUUCUUCACUGUCCUCAAUCUCCACCGUCCGUUUACUGACGGUGAUCUUCUCCGGUCACCGUUUUUUAUCACCGUGCAAUUUUCCGCCGGUUUUGAUUAGUGAUUUUGUUCCUGCCAUCUUCUUUGUAAUAGUUUUAGGGUGUGGGGCUCAAACUGUUUGAAGAAAUCUGGUUGAUUGCCUUUUGGUGAAAUGAGGUUGUGAAUGACAAGAUCACUUGUUGGUCCCACAAACAAAGGGUGAUGGGACCUAGAGUUGAACAAUUUAAUGAUGGAUGAAAAAUUUGGGAGUGAAACUAAUUUGUGAUUUGGAAGAGAAGGAACGCGUGUUAAUGCUAUUGAGAAGCUAGAAGAAGAGGAAUGAUAUAUACUUCCUCCGUUCUUUUAUUACUGUAACAUUUCCCUUAUUUGGAAGUUUAAUAUUAAUUGUAACAUUACUAAAUUUGACUAUGUUUUCUUUCUAUCUCUCUACUUAUCACAUGGGUCUCUUUUUUCAUCUCUCUCUAUCUCUCAUAUUUCCUUAAAAAAUGUGCAACCCUUAUAUGUUGCAAUUAUUAAAGAACGGAGGAAGUAUUUUCUGUCUAUGCUAAAAGAGGAGUUUAAUAAAUUCACAAGAUAAAGAGUGGGACUUAUCUGCUAAGCAGGACUUUGCAGUGGAAAGUGGUCAACUUAAGCUAGUCACAAGACCUGGAAAUGUAAUUCCUUCACUGGGAUAUAUGGAUGCAAGUUGAUUCAGGCUGUUUUAACUAUGUGCAUUCGGAACUUGAUCUUCUCAUCUAGGUUGUCAGCUUCGUCGCUGGUGUUUGGUGACUGCUACAGAGGACAGCUCUCUGCUGCUGCGAUAACAGGAGCUGAAAAUUUCCCAUCCCUGUCUUCUUUUCAUGUUUCUUAGAUGUGAGAGCUCCAUAGUGAACUAGAUGGCAGCAGCAGCAGCAUUGAGAAGCCGCCCUCUUAGUGCUGAAUGCUUCAACAGUAAGACAAUGGAAGGUAGCCACGGAGUAAGGAGACGUGUCUUUGUUCAGACUGAAACUGGCUGUGUAUUAGGAAUUGAGUUGGAUGGAAGUGAAAACGCUCAUAGUGUGAAGAAAAAGCUACAGCUUUCUCUUAAUGUCCCAACUGAAGAGACCUCGUUGAUGUGUGGAGAUACUGUUUUAAAAAAUGAUCUCAGCACAGUCAGAAACCAUUCCCCGCUUUUUCUUACUAGAAAUUGCCUGCACCGAAGUUCGUCUACACCAUGUCUUUCUCCUUCUGGUAAGGAUCUUCAUCAAAGAGAUGAGAGCAAUCCAAUAGAAGUCAUAGGUUGCUCAAGUCGUUUUCCCGGGACAAAGCAGUUGGUCAAUGAUAUUGUCGAGGCCAUGAAGAAUGGAAUUGAUCCUAUCCCUGUGCGUAGCGGUCUUGGUGGUGCUUAUUUUUUUAGGGGUUUUAGCGGUGAGAAUGUCGCCAUCAUUAAGCCAACAGAUGAGGAGCCUUUCGCUCCAAACAACCCGAAAGGUUUUGUUGGAAAAGCGCUGGGUCUACCGGGUCUCAAACGUUCAGUUCGGGUGGGUGAAACGGGGUUCAGAGAAGUAGCAGCUUACCUUCUUGACUAUGAUGGUUUUGCUAAUGUUCCUUUAACUGCUCUUGUGAAGGUAACUCAUCCGAUUUUUAAUGUUAACAAUGAUGUGGUAAAUGGGAAUGGUCACCAACCAAAGGAGCAAAUGAGCAAAAUUGCGUCAUUUCAGCAGUUUAUUCCUCAUGACUGUGAUGCUAGUGAUCACGGGACUUCUAACUUUCCUGUUUCUGCUGUUCAUCGCAUAGGAAUUCUAGAUAUUCGCAUACUAAAUACAGAUAGACAUGCUGGGAACCUUCUUGUCAGGAAGUUUGAUGAUGGGAUUGGUAAGUUCAAUCAGGUGGAUUUGGUUCCUAUUGAUCAUGGCCUUAGCCUGCCUGAAAGCUUGGAAGACCCUUACUUUGAAUGGAUCCACUGGCCGCAGGCAUCAGUCCCUUUUUCUGAAGAUGAACUUCAUUAUAUAGCUAAUCUUGACCCAUUUUAUGAUUCCGAAAUGCUAAGGGAAGAGCUACCCAUGAUUCAUGAGGCUUGCCUCCGGGUUUUGGUCCUUUGUACAAUUUUUCUCAAGGAAGCUGCAUCUUUUGGUUUUUGUCUUGCAGAAGUUGGUGAGAUGAUGAGUAGGGAGUUUCUUGGUCAUGCAGAGGAGCCGAGUAAGCUAGAGAUCAUAUGCAUUGAAGCUAGAUCACUCUGGCAAGGUUGUGAAAUGAUGGUAAAUACCAGUUCGAAAGAUGAGUAUGAGUUUCAAUUUGAUCUAGAAAGUGAGGUUACUACUAAUGGUGAUUUAAGCAGAAUUUUCGAAGACAAACUGUCAAUUCAUAAGAACUCUCAUGAGAAAAAUGGUAUGACUUUCCUUUCCAAACUCGAGGAGGGUGCUGAAGAAUGUCUGGAGCUAGCUGAAGCUACUACUGAGUCUGAGACUCAAAGUUGGAUGGGCCAAAGUGCAGUACAACCAGGAGGAUACCUUUUUGGUACAUCACCAGGGAACGGGAGUGCAAAUGAGCUUCUUCCAAGGAGUUCAAGCUUUGUGACUCUAGCGGAUAUGAACGAAGAAGAAUGGUUAGUGUUUCUCGAGAACUUCCAGAAGCUUCUACACCCGGCAUUUGUUAAUCACAAGGCAGGGAGGACAGGUCAAAGGCUUAUGCAAAGGCUAGGGACUUCAUGCAAGUUCUGAAAUGCUCUGAAGCGUGGAUACUUGUGGGACCCAGGCUUCCCGAAGUCUCAGCAGUUUCUGCAAAUGAAGUCAGAAUUGGCUGGAACCUGAAUGUGCUAAUGAAGUCAGAAAUGGGCGGAACGUGAGGCGUCCCUCGUAUCUUCUUGCUACAUAGCCGAGAGCCUGAGACACCGAGUAUUUGUAGUUAAUCAGAAGUUGAUUGUAGGAUAUGGUGUUUCAAAAUGACUAUGUUCUUUUUCAGCUUUGAAUUCGUCAGCAAAAGGGGAUGGUUGGCUUUGGGUGAGUGUAAAUACGUUUGCGUGUUUGCUUGAGAGUUGUAGUUGUCAGCCUGAAGAACAUAAGACCUCUUUCUUUUUUCAGAUCUUCCUUCUGCUGAAGGAUGUCCCUGUUGAUUGUCAAAAAAAGGUGAUGAGGAUGUAUUAACGAGUACUUCGUUUAUUGUGUA